AAAACAGAAGAAAGCUCUAAAAUUAUGAAACGUUUAAAAAAGGGGAAAAGUACCAGAAGUUCAUUUUUUGCUGGAAAUAAUAAUGGGGAUGGUAGUGAUGAAUCUAGCACAUUAAUGAGUGAUGAGGAUAAAAUUAGGUUGCAAAUAUUUUUGGAUGUAAAGCAAUUUGGCAAAGAG